CGUCGACACUGUACAACUGUCAUCGCGAAUUGGUGAAUGUUGUCAUUCAGUUCUGCACUUUGUGCAUUUGCUUGUGGUUGUAUCUUGUUUUUUUUCGAUUAUAAAUUGCAGCAAUGAGUCUAAAAAACGAUAUCAAAAUUAUGCAUCGUUCUAUGGUUUGCGAAGACAGCAACUUAAAAGGCGAUAUAACGAUUUCCAGCGGCUGUGUCAUCCAUCCGAGCACUACGAUCAUCGCUGAGUCUGGUCCUAUUAUUAUUGGAGAAAAUUGCAUUGUCGAAGAGUAUGCAACUAUCAUACAUAGGAUUCCCAAAGGACAUCCGGCAUAUGCCGAAGGAACUGACGGAUCGGUAAAACCACUAAUCAUCGGCCCGGAUAACAUAUUCGAAGUUGGUUGCACAGUUGAGGCGCUCAAGAUUGGCGAAAGGAAUGUUUUCGAGUGCAAAUGCUAUGUCUCAGCCGAUGUAACGGUUACAAAUGGAUGUGUCAUAGGAGCUGGCUGUCGGUUAGUGGGUCAACAGGUACUACCCGAAAAGACAAUUGUCCAAGGAAAGCAGUGCCAACAGCGUGAGGCUAUCGAAAAACAAAGGUCACAAAUGGUUCAGCUUGAUUAUCUAAGGAAAAUCUUGCCAAACUAUCAUCACUUGAAGAAAGCAACAUAUGAUCCGAAGAAAGUUCGAGCCCAAGUUUGAACUGUUUGGGCAAAUAGCUUUACUACAUUAAGCGUUUAUUUAUUUGUGUACUGUAUCCAACGUAAUCCGUUCCGAACGGUUCAAUUUUUUUGAAAUUAUUGCUUAACUUUAUGAAUAAGUUAUGAUCGAGAAUAUACUUUACACGAACCUAAUGUAACCUAAAACUCAAAAACAAAUCACGUAUAUUUUACUUCCGGGCUUUCCAAGGUAGUUUUGACAUGCAGGAAUCGUGCAUUUUUCUACUUGAGCACAAUCAACUCUCGAAUUUCCUUCUUUAAUUCAUCCAUUGUCAACAUUUUUAUUGUUUUCACUACUGAAAGAGGUAAAUAAAUAACAUAUAAA